UUUUUUGUUCACCGGCUCGCCGACCGCUUGUUGGGGCAAAAACCGGAAAGCAAUUAUUGCUAUUACUCCGUUGUCGGCGAGGCGGGAGAUUUUUAUCGGCUCGCGGUCGAGGGAGAAAGAGAGAGAGAGAGAGAGAGAGAGAGUGAGAUUUCUCGAAGCUGGGGAGCGUUUCGGGCAUUUUUUUUCGCGACUAUAUUCGGCGAGAUUUUCUCUUUCAUCGCUGAGAUUAGGGCGUCGUGGUUUUAUUCAGAGCUGACGACUCCUCUCGUUCUCCGAAAAGGAUUAUUUACGAACCCCCGAACGUGAAGAAGAUAAAGAGCAAAACCUGCCCGCCCUCUCUCUCUCCCGCGAUUUCAGAGUAAAGAAAAAAAAAUCCAUUGAGAAAAAAAGUCGGGGACUCUAUCUCAUCUAUCCUCGACGCGGAAAACGCGGUGGCGAUAAUGGCGAUCCAUCCUCUUUCACCUUCCCCGUCCUUUUAUCAAUCCCACCCCCUAACCCGCGCAUCUUUUUGCUCGUCUUUUUUUUUUUUCAAGCCGCCCGCGAUAACGGCAAUCGGAAUUAAUUUCUUGGGGAGCGGGCAAACGCGCGUUUUAAUGGUUUCUCCACAUAACGAGAAAUCCAUUAACGGUCGCCAUUCCUUUCAGAAGAAUUCAGGCAUCUUUUACAUUUUCAUGAUAUUUCUCGCGAUUAUUUCGAUCGUACGUAAAUAUAUGGAGAAUAUUUCUUUGCAUAUAAUUUGAAAAUCAUCUUAAGGCAAAAAGAGCCUAUAAUCGCGAGAAAGUGCGGGAUCUUUUCGACUCAAAUUAUUAAAAGUGGAAACGAAAAGGGAGAAAGGGAUUAAUUAUAGCUUCUGGCUUUCGUGUUUGCGAAAAGAAAUAAUACAAAAAAAAUUUUUAAUAAUUUAAAAAAUAAAAAAAAACAAGACUGUUCCUAAUAAACAUCGAGGACACUAAUUCGAGAAAGGGAAGUCGGAAAUGCAGGGCGAAGGGAUGAAUCGCGGCGUUUUUCUCGCGCUGCGCAGGUGAUUUGCUUCGGAGGAUGUCACCCUGAGGUCCGUUACUCGGGAAAACGAAGAUGUGUUGCUCGGGUGGUCCAGGUGGUAUCGCGUUGACCAGAUGCGGGGUCGUGUGCGGCCUCGCCGCUUUAGCGGCCCUCAGCGUCGCCCUUCUGGGCCCGACCUGGCUCCAUACCGAGGAGAAGCUCGCCCUGCCGAAUGCACCGAGAAACUACGCCAAUGUGGCCAGCGUGAGAUUCAAGCUCGGGCUCUUCAGAGUCUGCCCGAAGAUCGUGAACCCCACCAACUUUACGAUUCCGUUCUCUACGCCGGCUUGUAGUUACGUGAGAUACAGCAGUUUGGAGGACGUGAGGCCGCAGGAGUUGGGCUUCGGCCAAUUAGAAUUCACGCCCACGGUCGUCUCAAAAAUAAGGAUAUCCGCACCGUUCCAAGUCGCCGCCGCGAUCCUGAUCCUUGCUGCAACAGUGUCAGCUCUGAUCGGCCAUUGUUAUUCCGAUCACAGGACCCUCGUGGCCUGCGGACUCUUUCUCCUAAGCGGACUUUCUUUGGGCGGCGGAUUGAUAGUUCUGGCAUCAGCCUUAUCGGAUGCGUCAUUGGAGCUGCCGGGAAAGUACAGCCUGCCGUCUACGUCCGGCAUGCAAAUGGACGAUAACGGUCUACCUCAGUACCACUACGGCUGGUGCCUUCAGCUCUCGGGAUUAGCGCUGAUGCUCGCGGAAGUGGCGGCCGUUUUAACCAUGUCCGGCUACAUGGCGCGCUUCUCCACGGUUGAGGAGAUGGUGAGAGUCAUGGUGCCGGGAGCGGAGAGGAAACUGAGGGAGCAGAGAGGUCUCAGCUCGGAAUAUCUCGUGAGGGCGCAUCAGAAAUCACCAGGACCGCCGCAGACACGACCCUUCGGUCAGCCAACCAAAACGCCUCAAAAAAUAGCCGAAGAGGGAACGUCGUUGCUCUGCAAGUCGGCGCCCGAUAUCUGCGCAGGCUCGAAUCCCCAGGCCAUCAGUUACGUCGAUAAGGCAGACCUGUCCCACGUCUUGCCGGCCUAUCCGGAUAACAAGGGCAUCGAUCCGCGGUACAACUUCGACAAGACCGAGGGCAACGUAGUGGAUUCCCGACUGAGCGGCUUCACCGACAAGGAGGGCUUUAUCGACACCCGGAUCCUGUCCGACUCCAGGCAGAACAUGAUCGCGUUCACGGAUACCAACAAGGACGCGGGCCAGGAGCAACGGUACGCCGCUGACUUUGCCGCGACGAGGAGCGCCGAGACCCAGGACAUCGUGGACUCGAGACUGAGCGGCUUCGCCGACAAAGAGGGUCUCCUCGAUUCCAGACUCAGCGGCUACGUCGACAAGAACGAGUCCUUGCUGGACACCCCAUUCGGCUACGACACCAGAUUCAACAGUCUGGCUGGCCAGACCGUGCCGAUCACCCUGAAGAAUCAAAACACGUCCGUGUCGGCCAUCCAGUCGCAGUACAUAUAUCAAAACUUCGGGACGAUACACUCGGGCAUCCUGAAGGUUUCGGAACCCGGCACCAGCUCCAGCUCCAAUUCCAGCCAGCGCAGCAUGACACUCCAGAACCCGAAGCGCAAGUCGCAGAUCGCCCAAAACACCUUCAGCACGAUGGAAUGUGAGAGGAAGAAGCGGGCGUCCGGCCUGACCGGCAAGGCGAGCUUUUACACCGGAAGUGCUGUAUGACCACCACCUCCACCUCCGACCCCAAAAUAACUCCCAGAAGAGGAGACCCCACUGUAGCCCCAAACUAGGUGAGACUACUGAUCCAGAUUGGGUUGGAGGAUGCGGAUUGCGAGGAAACUGAAGAGGAGAGAUUUUCUACCAACGGAACCUGUACUAGAUAAUUGUACGCUUGCGACAACGUGUGCGAAACAAAGAAAAUGAGUUCUUGUUUGCAGGUUCCUGCGGUGGAUUUGAAAGGGAGUUCAACUACGAUUAAAGCGUUUGUCUCUCGAGAUGCAAUUAAGGGCAGAAAAUUCUUGAAUGUAAUUCGCGUGGAGAUUCAAACGUAACUUUACGCCAAUAAUGUCGUGGCCAAAACACACACUUACAUAUACACACACAUCAUGCGAGUCGAAUGAGAGAAGUAAAGGUAAACGAGAUCGAAAUUGCUCUUAUCAUUUUACAUAUUGAAGGAGUAAAAUAAUGUCUCUGUCACACUCGUUGUUAAGAUUUAACUUUAACUCGACAAGUAAUCGCGUCUCAGCUGCAUAACCAAUCAAACAAAGCUGUGUAAGGUGCUCUCUUAAAUGGAAUCAGUGUAUUAUCAAUGAUAAAUAAAUAGUAUAUGGUUUUAGUUAUAAGAAUAGCAUUGCAAACGAUGAAAUCUGUCACUGAAAGUAUCAGUUAGUGAGUAGUUGGGGUUCAAUCAGUGAUAUUUUAUAAAAUGCCUCUUACAAUAUUAUAAUAUGAGAUAAAUUU